AUGAUCGGACUCGUGUUUAGUACUUUUGGGUAUUUUGGAGGAGCAGUCUUCCUGUUUGUAGUGAUAAGGCUGAUUUAUUCCGCCCUGAAGAAUAAUGGACUGUUGUUGAAGAAGAGUGUCAAGGGAGAGCAUGUCUUUAUGACUGGAGGAGGAGCUGGAAUUGGCAAGCUUAUGUGUUUUAUACUGGCAAAACAAGGAGCGAAGGUCACUGUGACUGAUAUUAACCAAGAGUGGGCAGAACAAACUGCUAAAGAGGUCAAGGAAGCUGGAGGAGAAGCAGUUGCUGUCAAAUGUGAUGUUACAGUAGUGGAUGAUAUUACUAAAGCUGCCAAGGUAGCUAGAGACACAUUUGGUGAUGUCACCAUCUUAAUCAACAAUGCUGGGAUUGUUACAGGAAAGAAAAUCUUGGAGACCUCUCAUCAGUUAGCUGAGAAAACGCUUCAAGUCAAUACACUUGCUCAUAUCUAUACUGUCAAAGAGUUCUUGCCAAGCAUGAUCAAGAAAAAUCAUGGGCAUAUUGUUUCGAUAGCUUCAUCUGCUGGAUUAGUCGGAUGUCCAGGAUUAGUCGAUUAUUGUGCAUCAAAAUAUGGAGCUGUUGGAUUCGAUGAGUCACUUAGGCUUGAGGUUAAAAAGAUUGGAGCUAACAUCAACACUACUUGUAUCUGCCCAACAUUCAUCAAGACUGAUAUGUUUAAGGGAGCAAAAGCAAACGAAUUCUUGGUUCCUUUACUAGAGCCUGACUGGAUUGCAGAAAGAAUUGUAUUGGCUAUCAGACAGAAUGAGUCAAUGCUAAUGACUCCAUUCAUUUCAAACACGAUCUAUCUGACUAGAGCACUCUUACCAACUUUCUUCUUAGAUCUCUACAUGAAGGCAAUUGGUGUUAAUGAAUCUAUGGACCACUUCAGCGGCAGGAACAAAGACUAAGAUUUUAACUUUAACAAAUCUAUAUCUAAUUUUCAAUAU